AUGACUUUGUCAACCUGGGAGAAGAAAAGGAAGUCUGCAAUGUUAGAAUGCCCAGGUUCAAUGGCAAAGAAGAAGAGGAUUCAUAUUCAUGGGGGACAAAUUAGAGAGACAACACAAGCUAACAAAGGAAGUGAGCAUGGAAGAACAAGGCAAUGCAAAAUGGAAGAACCAUUAACAUCAUAUGUUGGGACACAAUCUGAGAAACUAGAUCCAGCAGCUUACCUAUUCCAAUUAGAAGAACCAUUGGUUUCGACUGAGAUUGUGGAGAAGGAAGAUGACAUCAGGAACAACCUGUGGAAAGUUGAUCUAAGUGAAGAGAAAGAUGAUAUAAUUGAGACAGAAGAACAUGAAAGAAAGCACACAAGCAAGAUACUAAUCCAACAUGGUAAUCCCCUGUCUGUAGAAGAAUUAGUCACAACACCAAUAAAAGGAAUGUAA